CAUUCCUUGAUGGUUCUCCAGCUUCUUCUCAAUAGAAGCAGUGGAUUUACCCAUGAGACUGAAAGCAAACUGGUGUGUGGGGAGUCCUUCCUAACUCUGGAUUUAGAAGGCAGCUCAUUGCGAGUUUCCCCUUAAGCGAUUCUCACUGGAUUCCACGUGAGGGUGGCUUUCUAUGGCAAGGACGCAAGCAUUGCUGUGGGUGCCCAGCACUGUGCCAACUAUUACGAAAAUCCUCUGGAACUGUAUGCCAGAGUCCCUGCCGUCGAGGAGCUCUCUUUGUAAUUGAGAAGAAAUGUCCUCAGCACAAAACCGAGAAAAGUGCAAGAUGAUUUAGCAGGAGGGGUGGCCAAAGUUCACUACAAGCUGUUCUUAAUCAAGUUCCAACUCUAUGGAUCCAGGACAGGUUUGUCCCAUGGCCUGCUCUGAACAGUCUGUUGUCUAAUAGAAGAUUCCGUUGGCAAACCAUCUCUCUAUUGCCUUACAGAGAAAGCAAAGAAGAUGGAUCAGUUGAAGAGCCAUCUGACUGUGUGCUUUUUACCUUCUGUGCCCUUUUUAAUCCUAGUAUGGACUCUAGCAACUGCUAAGAGUGUGACCAACAGCACUUUAAAUGGCACUGAUGUGGUCUUGGGAUCUGUGCCCAUCAUCCUUGCCACAAUGGACCAUAUCAUAGUCAAGGAAGGGAACAGUGCCUUGAUUAAUUGUAGUGUUGAUGGCGUCCCUGGCCCGCAAUUCAAGUGGUAUAAUUCUGUUGGCAAGCUGCUGAAAGAAGAGGAUGAGAAAGAGAGAGGAGGAGGAAAAUGGCAGAUGCAUGACAGCGGCCUCCUGAACAUCACCAAGGUGUCUUUUUCAGACCGAGGUAAAUACACGUGUGUGGCUUCUAACAUCUAUGGCACUGUGAACAACACAGUGACCCUGAGAGUCAUCUUUACCUCUGGAGACAUGGGCGUCUACUACAUGAUCGUCUGCCUCGUGGCCUUCACCAUCGUCAUGAUCCUUAACAUCACCCGCCUGUGCAUGAUGAGCAGCCACCUGAAGAAGACUGAGAAAGCUAUUAACGAGUUCUUUAGGACAGAAGGUGCAGAGAAGCUGCAAAAGGCAUUCGAGAUUGCCAAGCGGAUCCCCAUCAUCACCUCAGCGAAAACUUUAGAGCUUGCCAAAGUCACCCAGUUCAAAACCAUGGAAUUUGCCCGCUACAUCGAAGAGCUGGCCAGGAGUGUGCCUCUGCCUCCUCUCAUUAUGAACUGCAGGACGAUUAUGGAGGAAAUCAUGGAAGUGGUCGGGCUGGAGGAGCAGGGGCAGAAUUUUGUGAGGCAUACUCCAGAAGGCCAGGAGGCCCCCGACAGGGAUGAGGUUUAUACAAUCCCAAACUCUCUGAAGCGAAGCGACUCCCCCACCGCCGACUCAGACGCCUCAUCCCUACAUGAACAGCCUCAGCAGAUUGCCAUCAAGGUGUCUGUCCACCCACAAUCCAGAAAAGAUCACGUGGACGACCAAGAGCACGUGCAGUUUGAAGUCAAAGAUGACGAGGAGACCGAACCGUCAGCCGAACAUUCCCCGGAAACUGCAGAACCUUCCACAGAUAUAACAUCCACAGAGCUAACGUCUGAAGAACCAACACCUGUUGAGGCAUCGGAUAGAGUAUUGCCACCAGCUCACCCGGAAACUGCAGAGCCAGCGGUGACACAUGACAAAAACACCUGCAUUAUUUAUGAAAGCCAUGUCUAAUCACAACUCUGAAAAGCUAUGCAUAUCGAGAAAAUCAGGGGCUGCUCCUUGUGAUAACAGAGGUAGUAUGCACUUGCCGCUAAGCCUUACCAGGAGACCCUCAUCCACUAGGUAGGAGUGAUGCCCUCUUAAAAGGGGAAACAUCUGUGUGCAGUUUAUGUGACUGGAAUUGCCCCAGUAGUGAAGGUAUGAGAAACGUCAGGGUACAGGACUGAUCAUGCCGACAGAAGAUGUCUGUUCACGUAACACAAAUCAUACAGACCAGUCUCUGCCAAAUUCCUUAGCUGGUGAUGUCCUUUUGUAAGAUAUUCUGAGCCCAAGAGCCCUGUCCAAUGCAUACCACAUUGCUUUUCCUUUGACAAAGGCUAAGUCUCCUACAAUAGCAAAUGCACGUUCAUGGGUUCGUAGCACUUUCUUCUCAGUUUUCAUUACUUUCACUGUCCUUCGUAUUAGUUGUUAUUAUAUUCAUCUUGAUUGCUCUUCCUCGUUUAGUCAUCUUUGUCGUUUUUGUCCUUAGUUUGCCCUAGAACAUUUACCUCAGAGGCUUUGGUAUCAGUCACCAGUACCAGGGCUGACACAAGUCAUUCGUAAUGUUCCCAAAUAGUUACUAGGCUCUUUGUUACUGUUUCCCAGGCCUGUUUUCAUACGUUGCUUUUUUUGUUUCUAAUGAAGCUGCUAUAGUGAAACUGAGAAAAAAAAAAAAAAUUGUCCAGGAAAUAGCACUUUAAUAGCCAAAUAAAAAUGUGUUUACUUGUCCAGGUCUGGGAGCCUUUUGGUGAGUUCAACUGAGGUGUGGAGGCUUAUGGUAAAAAGUUAUAGAUACCCAUGAAAACGGCCGUUUACAUUUAAGUAACAUCAUCCUCCAAGCAAAGACUGAGUCUUUACCUGGAAAAUUUAUUGCUUCCAAAGACAGAGGCAUUUGAGUUCCUGUAAGUUAUAGAAUAGUGGCUUCCCAGGAGGACUUGCAGGAACCGGAUGCCGUUGAGAGACUCAAACAUUUGAUUGGGGCAGCAGAUACAAGGAUCUGUGAAGUGGUAUAACCAGGUCCUCUUUUGUGAACUGCGAAGCCAACCUGUUGGUCCUUGAAGGGGGGGAGUGUGACGGGUUAGAGUAAUGGUGUAGAGAACUGUACCAUCAAAUUUCAUGCCAAAAUUACUGAAUUAGUAUUCAGGUCCAGAAGAAAGCAGUUAUAUGCAAGGCAGCGGGAUGUGAUAGAAGACAAAACUACCCAUCCAGAGGCUUAAUACCUUACACGACCGUGCAGUGAUCAGCUGCCGGCUUUGGGCGAGUUUGGGCCUCAGUUUCCUCAUCCGUGAGGGAGAGCAGACUAGAUGAACCCUGAGCACUAUUUCAAUGGCCUGGCUCUCUCACGGAACCAAACUGAUGGGUCAUCCUUGCUCUUUUUCCCAGUCACUUUUAAAGAUCUUCCUGUCUGGGUCCGCCUAACAUUUUCAUGCUGCAUUACUUAUUAAAACAAAAUAUCCAUUUCAACAAAUCAUAGCAUUUUAAACAAGUUGUAGGUUACCCCUCCCCCCACCCCCCCAAAAAAAAAAACACACAUCAGGACCACUUCUACAGUUUGGGGGAUUUAAUGGUGGUGAAAAUGAGGACAUCAUUUUCAUUCAUGAGCAGGAGAUAUAAAAACCUUUAAGUAGUACUCGGAGCCGUGGCCACAGGAAGUGACAGAUGAUGAUGGAGGUUACAUAGGGCACGUUGGUAAUGAGGAAGUAGGCCCAGAUGUGUAUCCUCUCUCAGUCACUGUCUGGGUGAGUGAUCUUGGACAACUUUUAUUAAUCUUUGUCAUCUGUAAAAUCCGCAGGUUGUACUUGAUGGGCCACAAGAUCCCUCCUAACUCAAACAUUUAGAGUUUUAUGGAAAGCUUGUGGAGCCCUGGUGGCACAGUGGUUAAGAGCUUGGCUGUUAACCAAAAGGUCAGCAGUUCGAAUCCACCAGCCGCUCCUUGGAAACCCUAUGGGGCAGUUACAUUGUGCCCUGUAGGGUCGCUAUGAGUCAACUUGGCGGCAACUGGUUUGGUUUGAUUUUGGUCUAGAAAGCUUGUUAUCUCCCACGAUGGCCCCCAUUGCAUGAGACAAGCACUUAUGGGAGCAAAAAUGGGUAGGAGACUGGAUGCGUUAGCUGUCCAAGUGUUACAGCAAAUGUAUCUGGCUCUGUAACUUAGGGGACUGGGCUUUUCUUUAGAGGUGACCUGAAUGGGUUUAUUUAUAGAUAACUGGUGUGACAGGUCCCUGGGUGGUGCAAACGGUUUGCGCUCAGCUAUUACCUUGGUGGUGCAGUGGUUAAGAGCUCAGCUGCUAACUAAAAUGUCGGCAGUUCAAAUCCACCAGCUGCUCCUUGGAAACCCUAUGGGGCAGUUCUACUCUGUCCUAUAGGGUCACUAUGAGUUGGAGUCAAGUCAACAGCAACGUUUUUUGUUUUUGUUUUUCUUUAGUGUGACAGGUGAUCUGACAGACCUGGAGUUUGGUUAGACCUUUCUUGACAGGGAGUGAACUGUUGGCAUCAGUUAUAGAUGUCUCAGAUAGUCACAGAAAGAAAUCAGCAGGGAGCAACCAGGAGAAUCCACCAUUCCCAUUUGGACUCUGGACAAGGACUGCGUGUGUUUGGGCUGCAGAAAGUUCUAUCCCCAGCUCUCAGAAUGUAAAUGUUUUCCAGUUGUGGUGGAUGGAGGUCAACAGAAUCUCCCUGUGGAUCUGUAUGCCCAGAGCAGCAACAGGGACUUCUGAGGCUCGUUCUGCCAUAUUGUGCGUGCUUUCCCGAUUUUGUUCAGUUGUCAUUCCACCCAAACCCAUGUGCGAAGUUCCCAGAAGAGCAUGUAGGCAUUCGUUCUGUUUAGACAUUGAUUACAGAGCGAUACUAAGCUAAAACUGGCAUCUUUUUUAUGAAGCAGGAGCAGAAAUAUGUGACCAAAGAAUGUUUCCAGAUUGGUUUUCAUUUCUGUAGACUGGGGUGGGAGGAGGGGGCACACAGAGAUUUUCAAGAUGUCCUCCCUCUUUUAAGGCAUCAAAAUGCUUUUGAUACAAUAAUGGCCAACUGAAAGGGAGAUUGGCUUAUAAAGGGGAUUUCUCCUUCCAGAAAUUCUACACUCUUCCUUUCCAUCCUGUAGCUUCUUUUAAAAACAUGAGAGACCAUCCUGCAGAAUACGAAAUGCAGAAGACAUUGUGACUUUCAGCUGAAUUUUCAAAGAUACAGUGAACUGUUCAGCUUUGUAGAAAUUCACAGGAGUAUGGCUGUGGCGUGUGUGUGUGUGUGUGUGUGUGUGUAUGUGUGUGUGACUUAUUUGAAUAGUUUUAAAACCUUAACACUAAAUUAAUCCCAAUCUAUCCCCUUUGGGUCCUAUGAAGUCAUUCUUAAAAUCAAACAAUUUCUGGUUUGAUUUUAAUUUCUGAGUCAUCCCAGUUAUCUCUCUAGAGAUUUUUUCUUUCUUUCUUGAAGUUCUGAAAAUGAUUCAGCUAUGUGUGUGUAUUUGAUUCACUUAUAUUAACUGUAAGCUUGGAUGGUAUUUAUUCUAAAUGGAAAAAUACAGAAUUUUAUACUGAAAAUCUAUGUAAUUUAUAAUGGUUUUGUUUUAUAUAUUAUAUUUUCAUAUCUUUAGGGCACAUCUACUACUAUUCUCAUCUUUUUGUAUAUCAUACUUCGCAAAAAGAAAUACUAAUACUUGACUAAGGAGCCCUGGUGGCACAGUGGUUAAAGCGCUUGGCUGCUAGCCAGAAGGUUGGCAGUUUGAACUCACCAGCUGCUCCACGGAAGAAAGAUGUGGCAGUCUGCUUCCGUAAAGAUUGAUAGCCUUGGAAACCCUAUGGGGCAGUUCUCCUGUGUCCUGUAGGGUCGCUAUGAGUCAGAAUCGACUUGACAGCAGUGGGGGAAUACUUGACUAAAAUCUCUAGGAACCAAAUGUGGUAUGUAACAUAUAGAAAUCUCUAAAAAUACCUGAAUGUUAUCAUCCUUCGCAAGCAUUGUUGUGCUGUGUUAUUACAUCCGUAAUGUUUGUCUCAGAUGCUCAUGAGCGUUCCUUUUUCAAGACUAAGACUAAAUUUCAAGGCCUGACACCCUACACCGUGGAUCCUGGAACCCCCUUCCCUUCUUUAUCCUUUUGAAUUGUAGACAUUUGCAUUAAUAAACUUCCCUUUGAAGGGCAAAUGUGAGACAAUAAGAAAGCAACUUUACGGAAAACCGAAUUUACCUGGCUUUGUACAUUAUUUUAAAGGACUGAUCACAUGGCUUGGAUUGUUAUUUACUGGUGAUGUAGGAUCUCUGCCUGGCUCUUUAGCACACUCUGCGAAGAAAAUGUAAGGUACAAAGAUGAUUUGCAUGUUCUAGACAGGAAGUCUCUAAAUGUUGUGCAGCCCACACAAAUCAAUUCAACUAUAGACACGCCAAUCCCAGCCACUAGGGAAAACACUGAGAAAGGCAAAUCAGAUACCUUUUAUUACAUGUAUUGACAUACAAUGUUGCAUCCCUGCUGAAACUCUUCAACGGCAGUCCCUACCGUCCCGUUAGCUAGGGGGAUUUUUCUCAGUAUUUCAUUUGGUAAGAAAAUGGCACCUUUGGCUUAUCUUUCAAAUACUGUCUUUUCUCAGCACAGUUCACCUACUGUCCUUUACCUAGCUUCACAUAUCCUUUUGGCAAUCCUUUAAGAUAUAAACCCUGUUUCUAUUCAUGAUACUAAUUUAAACUAAUUUAUUGAUUAUAUACCAAAUCUUAUUGUAUAUUCACACACAUAUUUUGAGCAUCUGUUAUCCUCCAGAUAUUAACCACUUUUACAUUCACUGUUGAUUUAAAUAUCCUUCAGUAGACCACAAAGUUUAUUUCCCUGAUGGCUUUGUGGAUUUCCACAGUGAUUAUUAGCCAGGUUUGGAUUAAACCAGUGAUGGGGAAAAAAAUCAAAUACAACACAAUUGCUUAUUGUAUUUUCCAAAGGACCAAGUGUUUAUCUGUUACACAAGAAAAUAUUAUAUGAGGGUGAUGAUGGUAUUUAAUUGAGAUGUUUUAGAGAUGGAAUUUAUAAAGGGGCAAAUACUAAAAAUGUCACAGUCGAAACUGAAGCAAGAGAAUAUGAACAUAGAAAGCAAAUAGUUCUAAGAAUAUCCUAGCGUAAAUUAUUUUUAUUUGACUAAUAGUAAAAGCCUUCAAAUGUGUCUCUCAGACACCAAGAAGCUGCUAACUGUAAGUUAGGGUCAAAGAAGACACUUGCUAUUAUGGUUGGUUUGCUGUAUUUCAGUAGUUCUGGGUGUCCUUUGUUAAAAUUGGAAAAUAAAAUGAAAACAUUUAUCUGGGAAGAAAUGUCAAACUGAUGACUUCUGUGAACUAUAAAGUGUUCACUUUUUAAAAAUAAUUUAAAGAUGUAAACAAAUGCCUAAUAUUUAAGUUGAUAUUACAGCCAAAAAACAAACAAAAAAAAAAAACCAUGUGCUCCAUCUUGUACUUUUCACUGUUGCUUUAAUAAAGGGUUUGCGCAGGUGUGUGGAAUGUGUGUCUGUCCCACCUGAAGGGCAUGUCAUUGUGGUCUGAUUUACUUUUUCCAGCAAUAUGGAACCUGUCAUCAGUUCUUGUCCCUGCCUUGUGUAUCUGGUAUUGAGAAGAGAGGAAAAUGAAAUAAUUUGUAUGUAAAACUACAAAACUGUUUCCAAAGCCAGCAGCCUUAACUCCCUCCUGACAGAUUUUAUGGCAAUUUAUUUUUAUGUAUAUCAAGAAAUAAUUUUUAGCACAUAACAUCAAGCUUGCUGUAGAGACUCCAAAAGACCAGGAAACUCGCAUACCAGAACAUUCCACAGGGAGAAACACGAGUAGCAGAUUUGCUAUGAAGCACAUUACCAAAAACCCCGUUGCCAUCGAGUCGAUUCCAACUCAUAG